AUGUGUGACGUCGUGUUAGGAUCUCAAUGGGGUGAUGAAGGUAAAGGUAAAUUAGUCGAUUUAUUGUGUGAUGAUAUCGAUGUUUGUGCCAGAUGUCAAGGUGGUAACAAUGCAGGUCACACUAUCGUAGUUGGUAAAGUCAAGUAUGACUUCCAUAUGUUACCUUCUGGUUUAGUCAAUCCUAAAUGUCAGAACUUGGUUGGAUCUGGGGUUGUUAUUCAUGUUCCCUCCUUCUUUGCCGAGUUAGAAAACUUGGAAGCAAAAGGUUUGGAUUGUCGUGAUAGAUUGUUUGUUUCAUCUAGAGCUCAUUUGGUCUUUGAUUUCCAUCAGCGUACUGAUAAAUUGAAAGAGGCUGAAUUAUCAACAAAUAAAAAGUCAAUAGGUACUACUGGUAAAGGUAUUGGUCCAACCUACUCAACAAAGGCAAGUAGAUCAGGUAUCAGAGUCCACCAUUUAGUCAACCCUGACCCAGAAGCUUGGGAGGAUUUUAAGACUAGAUACAUGAGAUUAGUUGAGAGCAGACAAAAAAGAUACGGGGAAUUUGAAUACGAUCCUAAAGAAGAAUUGGCAAGAUUUGAAAAAUACCGUGAGGCUUUGAGACCGUUCGUAGUCGACUCAGUCAACUUCAUGCACGAAGCCAUUGCUGCCAAUAAAAAGAUCUUGGUUGAAGGUGCCAACGCAUUAAUGUUGGAUAUUGAUUUCGGUACUUAUCCAUAUGUCACCUCUUCAUCGACAGGUAUUGGUGGUGUUUUGACCGGGUUAGGUAUUCCUCCAAGAACAAUUAGAAAUGUUUAUGGUGUUGUCAAAGCGUACACCACCAGAGUUGGCGAAGGUCCCUUUCCAACAGAACAAUUGAACAAAGUAGGUGAAACAUUGCAAGAUGUUGGUGCAGAAUAUGGUGUUACUACUGGAAGAAAAAGAAGAUGUGGUUGGUUGGACUUGGUUGUGUUGAAAUACUCCAAUCUGAUCAAUGGAUACACUUCUUUGAACAUCACUAAAUUGGAUGUUUUGGAUAAGUUCAAGGAAAUUGAAGUUGGUGUUGCUUACAAAUUGAAUGGAAAGGAAUUGCCUAGUUUUCCUGAAGAUUUGAUCGAUUUGGCUAAAGUCGAGGUUGUGUACAAGAAAUUCCCAGGUUGGGAGCAAGAUAUCACAGGCAUCAAAAAGUAUGAUGACUUACCAGAAAAUGCUAAGAACUAUCUUAAAUUCAUUGAGGAUUAUUUGCAAGUUCCAAUCCAAUGGGUCGGGACCGGUCCAGCUAGAGAUUCCAUGUUAGAGAAGAAGAUUUAG